GCCGAUAGACUUUUGCGACGAGGACCUGACCUGCAUGUCAGAUGGCCCGAGUGGUGUGGUUUGCAACCUGCACUGGUGGAGCCCAAAGAGAUCCUUUUCUUUCCAGAGAGCACAAACCUGUUGGUUCAAGACAUGCUUGCCCGGAGCCUGGGCCUCAAGCGAGUGAAAGUGACCAUGACGCAAAUUUGCUCAGCAGCGAAUCUGCUGGAAGGUCUUGCCAAGUCAGACUUUGCGCUCGAGAGAGAGAUCUCCUUUGCGAGCUUGAGGGAACCUUUUCAGCUUGCAGCAUGUCAGGCUUGGGCGGGGCUGACCAGAGAAACAUAUGAGCUUCAUGGCAGAGUCUGGCAAUCGUUUGGCACACACAUGUGGCGCACACAGAGACGAACAUCGUGUUUGAACCGCUGCGCUGGCGUGUUGGAUGACAGUUCAGUUGUGGCUGCGCUUCAAGGUUCGCAGCAGGUCACCUUUGCAAUGAAAGCCACACUUUGA